UUCGGCAUUCUGAGCUGUAGCUUUAACCGGUGGGGUCAGAUUUGGAACCUCAGAGUCAAAUUCGUGUUCUGUUAGACUUGCUGUUGAGAGUUUGGUGCUUUUUCUGUGUUAAUAGACCUCUAGCUGAAAGUUAUCCAUCGGAUAUCCGAGUCCCAGCCCAGCUCUCCUCUGGAGAUUUAGAACAUUUGUAUUAGUAGUGAGCUCAUUUUCGCCAGUAUGAGAAGGUCGUGUGCCAUUUACGCCAUCGGGAUUGUGUGUGCUCAUCUGCUCAUAGUAGGAAUCGCCCUGAUGGUCGCUCAAGUCUUCCAAACAAUGAUUCAGGAGAGGAUAAAAAAGGAAAUCACUCUGGCUGAGAACAGUCAAGUACUAGAAGGCUGGAUAAACCCUCCACCCCCAGUUUACCUGCAGUAUUUCUUCUUCAAUGUUACUAACCCCGAAGAGUUUGUGGCUGGCAUGGCAAAGCCUCACGUCAUACAGAUGGGACCUUAUACAUAUAGGGAGUACAGGCCCCGAGAGAACGUGACGUUCUUGGAAAACGGCACCAAGAUCUUUGCCACGAAUCCCAAGAGUUUUGUAUUUCUUCGGGAAAUGUCCGUCGGAGACCCUGAGGUGGACCUCUUGACCACUCCCAACAUCCCAGUCAUUGCCGUCAUGAACGAAAUGCACUCCUACUCUUUUUACAUCCGCCCGCUGAUCUCUAUAUGGAUGAAAUCUCUGGGUGCUGACCUGUUCAUGACCCGCACCGUGCACGAGUUUCUGUGGGGUUUCAAGGAUCCACUAAUGACUAAACUUCACAACUUGAAGCCUGAGGUGGACGAAUACUUUGGCCUCAUGUACAAGAAAAAUGGAACCCAUGAAGGUGAAUUUGUCUUCCACACUGGAGAAAAGAACUACAUGGACUAUGGCAAGAUCGACACCUGGAACGGAAUAAGAAACAUGACUUGGUGGUCAUCGGAGCAGAGUAACAUGAUUAACGGCACAGACGGCAGCGUGUUCCACACUUUCCUGUCCAGGGAUGAGCUGCUCUACAUCUUUGCUGCGGAUCUCUGCAGGUCGAUUCAUCUGGCAUAUGUGCGGGAUACAGUGGUGAAGGGGAUUUCAGCGUUCCGUUUCGCUCCUCCCCCUGAUGUCCUAGCUGCUCCAAGUGAGAAUCCCGCCAACGCUGGCUUCUGCGUGCCUGCUGGAAAAUGCCUGGGAAAAGGAGUGCUGAAUGUCAGCCCGUGUCGUGAAGGAGCACCGAUCAUUGUUUCAUUCCCACAUUUCUACCAAGCUGAUCCAAAGUAUGUUGAUGCCAUUGAUGGGAUGAAUCCAAACCAGGAAGAACACGAAACAUACCUUGACAUUAACCCGACGACUGGGGUCCCUGUCCGUGCCUGUAAGAGAGCCCAGCUCAAUAUUCUAAUGAAGAGGGUACCCGGUUUCCCUCAAACACGUCUCCUGAAUGAAACCAUCUUUCCUAUUCUGUAUGUCAAUGAGACGGCAACCAUCGAUGAUGAUUCUGCCUCUAAAAUGAAAACUCUGCUGCUGAUCAUAACAAUGGUGUCCAACUUCCCCGUCAUCAUUAUGGGUGUGGGCGCCAUCUUGCUUAUCAUCUUCAUCUUCUUGUUGUGCAGGAAUCGUCAAAGAAGGAAUGAAGUAAAACGUAUUGAUUUUACCGAAGCUUUUCAUUCUUUUGCUACGGCGAAAGACGAUACGGCCUACACCCCGGUCAGCAGCAAAUCGGAUGAGUCGCCCGAAUCCCACAGCAGCCAGCCUCUGAAGAACGGCUCCUACAUCGCCAUGUCGCCAGUGGAGGCCCAGAAGUGUUGAUAAAGAUCACUGCGUGGCGUUCCCGCUGUGGGGAUCCACUUGUGUGCCUCUCUCUCUUCCUCUCUUUACCUUUUGAUUCUUUCUACUGUGCAACGCGUUCAGGCAGGUCAGCUCCCAGAAACACCGCGUUCGAACAAAACAUCACUUCUUUCUUCGGGCGUCUUCGUCUUGAUGGACCACCUCUCUUCUGCUGACGUUCUUUUUGCUGUUGAAGCAUGGCCUUCUCGACCUGCCGUAUUUUUUUUUGACAUGACAAAAAUCGUACUGUUCAAAAACAGCGCUGUUUAUCUAGUCACUUCCUCUGGGUCUACCAACACUGACACUACUGUUGACUAGACAUAAAGUGAACAAACUGAGAACACCUGCUCGCCUUGUGGGACCGUAUGCCCAUGUGCAUGUUCACCAGUCUAUAGUUCCUGUUUUAAACCUGUUUUAACAUAAGGCUGUGAACAGAGAGGGUGUUUGUUUUGCGUGAACACAUCCAGGCUGCUAGCAGGAGCCAUCUUGAACACCAGUGUUUGUUUAGGCAUUGGUGAGGAUCUUAGAACCUAUGAUAUAAAAAGUUUAUUGCCGCACUACCGUAUUGAAGUCUGCUCGGACAGAUUUCAUAUAACAAAGCUCGUUAUUUGCCAUAUUUUAACAUUUCUUGGAAUACAAGGUGACCGUUAUUGUUUCUCUUCAAAAAGUGUUUAAAAAGCUAAAAGGUGAAGGGCAGUUGUGUUCGUGUUUGUAUCGGGUUUUAUAUGCAAGUAUGUGUGGAAAGGCAGGCAUGUUGGUGCUUGCGUAAAUGUUAAUCUCACUGCUGUGAGCUGAUUUAUUAUUUAUUAUUAUUUUUAAAAAGAGCAAUGUGCUCUCUUAAUUGUCAUACAGUGCCAAGUAAUGGUCACUACAUUUCAAAGGUUAUUUUGGAUAAAUUUCCUAUACGGUGCCAUGCAGAAUCAGUCAUUUCGCUCGCUCACUCCUUCAGCCUCUGCCUGAUUCAGAGAGUCUCGUCAUCGUGCUGUGAAAAUGAGCUUUCGUUCAUCUUUUCUGAAAGAAAAGCAAGCUUACAAAUCGCACAAGUGAGACUUGAACCUUCUCUUUGCCUUACACGUGUGAGUUUGCUGUGUGAAAGGGCUUCGUAAUGUAGUAGCGUGAGACCGCCUUCUAUCAAAUCCAGUCUCUCGUUUAAACAUCUGCAAGUCGUCGAUCGAGACUUUGCGCCCUGUUUAAGGCGUCUAAUCUCCAACUCGGAGAAUGCACAACUAGAUCAACCCCCUUUACUCAGCCAGUUGUUUACAGCCUCUUAUCUCUAGUGACGCUCUGAGGGCUGACGACGGAAAACUUCAGCAGUCAGGAGGAGUUCUGUACAUUGUGUGCACAUGAUACUUCAGCUCAGUGAGGUUAAUUAAGACCCAAGAUAGAUCUGGCACUUUGAAACACUAUGUCCUGUUGAUUUUGUUGCUGUUUUUUUUUUCCAUGAGCUUUUAAACCCUGAGCAAAUGCCAUAAAGAGGGGAAGGAAAAGUGCACUUUUUCUUAAAAAAAUAAAAUCCUGCACAUUUUCUGUAAUUCAGUAACAUGGUCCUCGCUUGUGUUUGAGAGAUACUCAUAUGUCUGUUUUUUUUUUUCUCUCUUCUUCCCCUCCUCCCCUUCUCUAUGUACUGAUAGACAAGAUCAAGUCUUGUUACUUCGAAUACCAUUUUCUGUUAACAAAUGAUCAAAUGCAACACAGUUAUUAUAAAAAUAAUUUCAUAUGUAUUUGUGCAAAGUCUGAUCAGUAUGGAGCCGUAACAUGCCAAAUUUAAUUUUUUUUUUUUUAAUUUAUUUAUUUUUUUUUUUUUGGACUGCAUUUUUCUUUAACAAAUUGUGAAUCAACCCCUAAGCUCAGAUUUGGUAUGUUAGUCUCCUUUUUUUUUCUUUUUUUCCCCUGUUUGUUGCCAGCAAGGCUUCUGUUUCAUUGUUUUGUGUGAAACUGUUCAGACCUCUUUUUCAUAUGUUUCUUUUUCUCUUUUAGAUUUGAAAUUUUGAACUGGAAAAGAAUAGCAUUAUGUAUACGGACUGUUAGCACUAUAGCUAGCUAGCAAACAAACCGAGGUGUGAGGAAAGUAACUGGAACAUUUUAAGUGAACGCUGAUGGCCUUCUUGGUAUACUUUUGUAGUUAAGAAGUACCCUUUCCAACAAAGGCCUUUAUAAAAAGUAUAAACUCAGUAAGCUGUGGACGAGUCUGCUGAUCCUCAGGACCCCGAAGUGGAACGUUCCACUUGUCCUGACUUGAAAUUUUAAGCUCUCCAACCUGAGCCAUUUCCACACUCGACUGACUUUUGAGCCCGGACCUUCUCAUUGCUUCACUCAGCUGUAAACUCGACCAAAGAUAACCUUCUAGAUAUGUGUCCCCCCCCCACCCUGUUUGUUUGCUUUCACAGAUACAGCUGUCGUACCAUCAAUUUGCUAAUUUGCAACACUCGAGAACAAAAGGCAAAAGAAAGUCAGCAAAGUAUUAUUUCCAGAUCGUGCUAAGGGAGAGUACAGCGUUUAUAACCGCUCUGACAACACUCAGUAUUGUGUAUUGACACAGCAAUACAUUGUGUAAAAAAUAUUUUUUGUAAAGCUAAAACAGUUUUGUAUCCAAACACUGUAUCUUUGUUCAGAGAUCUGUUCAUUAACGGGACUUUUUGUAUAGUAUUGAUUUUUUUUUUUUUUUUCCUUCCUAAUCUCGCCCACAUUUUUCUUUCUUCCCGCCUGACAGAUUUAUAACAUGGUUCUGAGCGUCGUUCCACAAUUGUGAUGUUAACAGUGUACGUGUGAUGUGUAAGUUCACUGGCAGUGAUUGAGAAAGGCUCGUGGUGUCGGGAUUUUGAGAUUUGAUGUCCUCCGGUACCACAAGUUUCUUAAGAAGCCACUGCACUGUUUUUUGUCCCAUGUGGAGUGCCAUAGGAAGGCUGAGUGUCUGAGUUUGGUUUAAAGCAGCUUGGUUUAAAGCCUUUGUGCCAUAUCAGGCACUAGAGAAUUGAACCUUUUUAUUUUAGUCCCUUAGAUGAAUGAUGCCCUCCUUCAGGAUGAAACUCGAGUGCCAUUACUUCCUUGUUUACUGAGUUUUAGGAAUUUUACUAAAACAGUGUAGCAGAAUCAGUGUUUUUCGUCACCUGCAUUUCAGUUCAUCUUCCCCAUGUGAUGAAGGAUGGAUGGUUUCGAACAUUUCAUGAUAUGUGCUGCUGAAAAAGACAAUCCACCCCAUAUUAGGUGCAAGUUUUCUUUAAAAAAAAAGAGAGAAUAAUCUGAAUUUAAUUUUGAAAAUUUACACUGCACAAAUAUUUCUGCAAUACCUUUUUUAUAAAUAUUUCUAGUGUUCUUUGCCAAAAUAAAGCUGCAUUUAUUGCAAAAAUGA